AUGAAAUCAAUUGGGAUUAAUCUUGGUUUAUCAUCCUACAAUGACCUUCUUCGCUGCAUUUGUAAUCGAAAUCUUAAGUUCAAUCCAUCUGGACUUGUCUCAGAAGCAACUGAUUUGAUGAUGGCCAUGAGAUCAUCUGGUGUCACCCCAACCACUGUUAGUUUCAACAUUUUGUUAUCUUGUUUAACCAGAGCUCGUAGGGUGAAGGAAGCUUGCAAUAUCCUUUCUUCAAUGAUGAAUGGAGAGGUGAAAUCUUCCCCAGAUCAGGUAACAUAUUAUCUAGUCCUCAAAGUCCUGUAUUUGACAAAUAGGAUUACUAAAGCCAAUAGAAUUUUGGAUAAGUUGAUUAGUAAUGGAGUGAUGGUUGAAGCUCGGUUCUUUCAUUGCUUGAUUGGCAUUCUUUGUGGAAUCGAAAAUGUAAACUGCGCUGUAGAAAUGUUUGAGAAGAUGAAAAGUCAAUGUAGGGAGAACUUAGGGCCAACAUAUGAUUUAUUGAUAGAGAAGCUUUGCAGAAAUGGAAAUUUUGGGUUAGGAAAACAUUUUUAUGAUGAGGCAAUAGAGAAUGAUGUAGUACUCAAAAUUUCAAGUGAUUUACUGGAUCCCUUGAAGACCCAAGUGUUUAAGCCAGCAAGAUCAGAAGAAAAGAUCAUCCUGGGUGAAUAUAAGGGCAAGGUACUGCUUAGACGUAGAAGAGGCACCAAGAGAUAA